AUGGUGGCAAAAGAGAGUAGUCGAGUUCAUAAGGUUUCUGCUACUUAUGUCGCUCCAAAAAUGAGAAAAAAUAACGAAGGCGCUCUUUUACCAGCUGAUAAAAAAAGCUGCGAAACUGUCAAACAACAAUCGAUGGAAUUUGAAGCUUCGAAACAGAACACCUACUAUUCAAAACUCGAGUGCAACGCGAUCGAUUUGACAGAAUUUAAUUUCGACGCUCUCGAAAUUCCAUAUAUCGACAGCCAUUGCCAUACGGAUUUCAUUUUUAACAAAUUGAAAUCUCGGCCAGGAGAAGGUCUUUCUCAAUGGAUGCACCGAUAUCCUCGGUCAUUCCCCCGCGCGUUUGCUGGAAUCAUUGCCAACUUCAUCGAUCCAUCAUUGUUUACUUCAUCGCCUGAAAACACAGAUUCGGAUCUCAACUGGAUCAGUAAUGAACUCAAAUUCCAUUAUUAUAUCGGAUCGACUUGGGGAUGCCAUCCACAUUUUUCACAGAAAUAUGCGGGUGAUAAUCGAUUCUGGGAAUGCCUCGAAGACAUUUUUCGCCAAAAAGACAAAUUUUUGGUUGUCGCUGUUGGAGAAUGCGGUAUAGAUCUCUUCAAAAGCGAAUCGUCGCUCGAUGCUCAAAAAUAUGCGUUUGAACGCCAAAUUGAAUUAGCUUUUCGUUAUGAUUUGGCUCUUGUUAUCCAUUGUCGAAGUGGAAAAAACGGAAAUGCCGAAGAAGAAUGUAUAGAUAUUCUCAAAAAUGCAAUUCAAAAAUACGGCCACAGAUAUUUGCGGAUUCACAGGCAUUGUUAUACUGAAGAUUGGUCAAAUGCCAAAGUUUGGAUGGAGCAGUUUCCAAAUUUGGUUUUUGGAUUUACUCCUGCGGUAUACAGUUUUGGACCGAAACAGUUAGAAACCUUGCGGCAAAUUCCUCUUGAUAGGAUUGUGCUUGAAACAGAUGCACCAUACUUCCUGCCAAAACAAUUGGCGAAUUGCGCGCCACCAAAAAUAUCGCUGCCUGGCAUGGCCUCCGCCACUGCUUUCAAAAUUGCUGAAAUCAAAAAAUUGCACAUCGAUGAAGUUAUGCGCGCCGCUUUCCUGAAUACCCGCCGGAUAUACGGAUUAGAUGCAGCAUAUACGAAACUCCUCAAUAAUUAA